UUUGGUUGCUGUGGGCUGACAAACGGUAGCAAGAUGGAAAGCAUUGAGGAAAUGAUGAAAAUGGACAAGGAAAAGCUUGUGUCUAGGAUUGACAAAGUGGAAGAUAAGUGGAAGCUUCUUCCAGCUUUUUUGAAAGUAAAAGGACUUGUCAAGCAACACAUAGACUCCUUUAACUACUUUGUGAAUAUUGAGAUUAAAAAUAUCAUGAAGGCCAAUGAGAAGAUCUCUUCAGAUGCUGAUCCAAUGUUUUAUAUGAAGUAUUUGAACAUAUAUGUGGGCAGUCCAGAUGUGGAGGAAGGAUUUAACAUCACCAAACCAGUAUCUCCACAUGAGUGUAGGUUGAGAGAUAUGACCUAUUCAGCUCCAAUCACAGUUGACAUUGAGUACACCCGAGGGAACCAGAGGAUAGUUCGCAAGGGUCUGCCUAUAGGAAGAAUGCCCAUUAUGCUGCGCAGCUCUAACUGUGUGUUAGCCGGGAAGUCGCCAGCUGAAUUUGCUAAGCUGAAUGAGUGCCCCAUGGAUCCAGGAGGGUACUUCAUCGUGAAGGGCUGUGAGAAGGUCAUACUCAUCCAGGAACAGCUGUCCAAGAACAGAAUGAUUGUAGAUAUUGACAAGAAGGGCAAUGUAGAGUGCUCAGUUACAAGCUCUACCCAUGAAGUGAAGAGUAAAACUUAUGUAUCAGUGAAGCAUGGGAAGUACUACCUCCGCCAUAACACAUUCACUGAUGACAUACCAGUGGCUAUAGCAUUCAAGGCUAUGGGCAUAGAGUGUGACCAAGAGAUAGUGCAGAUGAUUGGCUGUGAGGAAGAUGUACUCGAUGCAGUAUCACCCUGUCUAGAGGAGUGUCAUAGGGCUCAGGUGUUCUCACAGUUACAGGCUCUGAAGUACAUAGGCUCAAAAGUCCGUCCUCGUAGGAUGUGGGGUGGACCAAAGAAGACAAAACUGGAAGAGGCCAGAGAAGUUCUUCAUACAACAGUAUUAUCACAUGUGCCAGUAAACCAAUGGAACUUCAAAGCUAAAGCCACUUACCUGGCCUUGAUGACGAGACGAGUUGUCCUCACCCAGAAGAACACAGCCAAGCUGGAUGACAAGGAUUACUAUGGCAACAAGAGGCUGGAGCUGGCAGGACAACUGCUCUCACUGCUCUUUGAGGACUUGUUCAAAAAGUUUAAUGCUGAGCUUAAGAAGAUAGCUGACCAGACAAUCCCUAAACCCAGGGCUGCACAGUUUGAUAUUGUCAAGCACAUGAGACAAGAUCAGAUUACUAAUGGGCUUGUCAAUGCUAUUUCCACAGGUAACUGGUCAAUUAAGAGGUUUAAGAUGGACAGGGCGGGUGUCACACAGGUGCUGUCUCGACUGUCCUACAUCUCGGCCCUGGGCAUGAUGACGAGAAUAUCCAGCCAGUUCGAGAAAACUCGUAAAGUCAGUGGUCCUCGAUCACUUCAGCCCUCACAGUGGGGAAUGCUGUGCCCUUCUGACACUCCAGAGGGAGAGGCGUGUGGUUUAGUGAAGAAUUUGGCCCUGAUGACCCACAUAACCACGGACCUAGAUGAGGAAGCCAUAGUGCGUCUGGCCUUUAACCUUGGGGUGGAGGACAUUCACUUCCUGAGUGGGGAGGAAAUGAACGGGCCGUAUGUCUACACUGUCUUUCUGAAUGGUAAUAUUUUGGGUGUGGUGAGAGAUUAUGUGCGCUUGGUGAAGACUUUCCGCUUGAUGCGGCGUUCUGGUUACAUCAGUGAGUUUGUAUCAAUCUGCCCCAACCACGGCCAUCGUUGUGUAUACAUAGCAUCUGAUGCAGGGCGGGUGUGCCGACCGUACAUCAUUGUGAGUGAUGGGCGCCCCUUGGUGACCAGAAAACACAUCAAGGAGCUCACACAGGGCUUCAGGAGUUUUGAGGACUUUCUCCAUGAUGGUUUGGUGGAGUACUUGGAUGUGAAUGAGGAGAAUGACUGUAUGAUUUCUCUGUAUGAGGAUGAAAUCAGCAGCGACACAACCCACCUUGAGAUAGAGCCGUUCACCAUCCUGGGGGUAUGUGCUGGGCUGAUCCCCUACCCCCAUCACAACCAGUCCCCCAGAAACACCUACCAGUGUGCCAUGGGAAAACAGGCUAUGGGAACAAUUGGUUAUAAUCAGCGUAAUCGCAUUGACACCCUGCUCUACUUCCUGUGUUACCCUCAAGCACCUUUAGUCAAAUCCAAGACAAUAGAGUUGAUCAACUUUGACAAAUUGCCUGCUGGCCAGAACGCAACUGUGGCAGUGAUGAGUUACAGUGGCUAUGACAUUGAGGAUGCUCUGGUGCUUAACAAGGCCUCUUUGGACAGGGGAUUUGGUCGAUGUCUUGUUUACAGAAAACAAAAUGUGACCUUGAAGAGAUAUGCUAAUCAGACUUUUGACAAGGUCAUGGGGCCAAUGGUGGAUGCGACAACUCGUAAAUCAAUAUGGAAGCAUGACUGCCUGGACUCCGAUGGAAUUGCUGCCCCAGGUGUUAGAGCUGAGAAUCGGCAGGUGUUGGUAAACAAGUAUAUGCCCACAGUGACAGCGAGCCCUAUUCAGUCUACCCCGGGGCAACCCCAGCAGCCCGAGUACAGGGAUGUUCCUAUCACGUAUAAAGGUGCUGAAGCCUCCUAUGUGGAGAAAGUGAUGAUUUCAUCCAAUCAGGAAGAGGCUUUUCUCAUUAAGCUACUGAUGCGACAAACCCGCCGACCAGAAAUAGGGGACAAAUUCAGUAGUCGGCAUGGACAGAAAGGAGUUUGUGGCCUAAUAGUGCCUCAAGAGGACAUGCCAUUUAAUGAUCUGGGGAUGUGUCCGGAUGUGAUCAUGAAUCCUCAUGGGUACCCUUCCCGUAUGACGGUGGGCAAAUUGAUGGAAUUGUUAGGCGGGAAAGCAGGUGUGCUGGAUGGGAAAUUCCAUUAUGGAACAGCAUUUGGAGGAGACAAAGUAGCUGAUCUCUCCGAGGAUUUAGUCCGCCAUGGCUUCAACUAUCUGGGCAAGGAUUUUGUUACCUCAGGCAUUACAGGAGAGUCCCUGUCAGCUUAUAUCUUCUUCGGACCAAUCUACUAUCAGAAGCUCAAACACAUGGUCAUGGACAAGAUGCAUGCACGAGCUAAAGGUCCCCGUGCAGUUCUGACACGACAACCCACGGAGGGCAGAUCCCGUGACGGAGGGCUCCGAUUGGGUGAGAUGGAGCGGGACUGUUUGAUUGGAUAUGGUGUGAGCAUGCUGCUUCUUGAGAGACUAAUGAUCUCAAGUGAUGCCUUUGAAGUGGACGUCUGUGGAAGCUGUGGUCUGAUUGGAUACUCAGGAUGGUGCCAUUACUGCAAAUCCUCCACCAACGUCUCUUCCAUCAAAAUACCCUACGCCUGUAAACUGCUCUUCCAGGAGCUCCAGUCCAUGAACAUUGUGCCCAGACUAUCCCUGAAGCGAUACAACGAAGUCUGACACAGGUUGUCACACCACUGAACUUUGCAGUGUCAGUUUUGAGAGUGACAAGUCACACAGGUGAACUGUAACAAGUUACUUCUGAGGCUGACCCAAGUUUUGACACUUUUAAGCUGGACCAUGUCUAUCUGGAGUCAGACAUUUGAAACAGCUGUGCUGGACCAAGUUAUUUCUGAAUCUGACGAUGUUUUAACACUGCAAGUCAGGAGCAUGUCAGUGAUAAGCCCGGACUAAGUUUUGACAGUGCUAGAUUGGACUAUUCCAAGACUGACCUAAUUUUUACAAUUUGAGCCUAUGGCAAGUUUGACACAUCUAGACCGGACCAUGUCAAUUCUUGGUCUGGCACCGUCCACAGACUUUUAAGUCGAUUGAUAUAAGUCACUGUGGAGAAUGUGUUGCGAAGCACAGGGGAGAAAGGUCAAAACCCAAAUACAGCUAAGUUAUUGUUAA